AAAUUUCUUUGAAUGCGUAUCGAUACUUUUCACUAAGUUUUCUACCUUCAAUUCUGAAAACUCACCCCUAUAGCAGAAAAUAAUUAUUACUAUUCGUAAAUUUAACUGAGAGAAAAAAGGAUAAUAUGGAUAUCAAGUCGUUUUUGUAUGAGUACUGUUCUAAGUCACGCAUUGAACCAAAAUUAGACGUGCGUCAAACCGGACCAAAAAACAGGCAGCGGUUUCUAUGCGAAGUCCGUGUGGAUCAAAACAACUACAUCGGUGUGGGAAACUCUACUAACAAAAAGGACGCCGAAAAAAAUGCCUGCCGCGACUUUGUAAAUUACUUAGUGCGCGUGGGUAAGCUAAAUGCCAAUGACGUACCCCCAGAUGCUGGCCUCGGGACGUCGGGCCCUAGAGGCGGUGCCCAGGGCGAAGGCCAGUCUGUGGGUGGGGGAGGAGACGGGGGUCAGUCGCGACGCGUUUUCGGCGGGAAGUCGGGCCCACAGGAUCUAGGUGAAGCGUACCGACCCCUCAAUCACGAGGGCGAUGGUGGGCAUCGCUUCAAUAUAAUCGAUCACGUGCAGGAGCAGAAAGAUAUGAACGAGGCUGAGUCCAUCGACGUUAAUGCUGCGAUUCAUGGCAACUGGACCAUAGAAAACGCCAAGGACCGUUUGAACAUGUACAAGCAGGCAAACAAUAUUCGCGACGAUUACAAGUAUACUCCGGUAGGCCCGGAUCACGCUAGGAGCUUCAUGGCAGAGCUGUCUAUAUUUGUCCCGGCGCUCAAACGAAAGGUCACUGCUCGCGAGACCGGCUCUAAUAAGAAGGCGGCCAGCAAGUCGUGCGCUCUGUCACUGGUACGUCAGCUGUUUCACCUGAAGGUGAUUGAAGCCUUUAGUGGUACCCUUAAGAAAAAGAAGGACGAAGAGCUGAAGCCCUACCCAGUUAGCCUGGCCCCUCACUUGGUGGCAAGCAUUGACGAUGUUAUUAGGGUGCUGGACAUGCCAGUCGUGAAUCCGUGCAAUAUUAAAAUCGAACCGGAUGCGGCACCAAUUUCCCUUAUUGUUAACACGAAUCGCAUGGACUUGGGGCAAGAGCAGGGAGAGAAGCGCCAGGAAAGCUCGGUUAUACCCUGGGCGCCUCCGAUGCCGAAUUGGAACGCCUGGCACGCCUGCAACAUUGACGAAGGCGAACUAGCCACAGUUACCAUUGAUGACCUUUCGGCGGACUUCGAACGCUCGUUGCGCGAGCGCCGUCUGAAUGAUGCAGAGUAUCGGCAGUUUCUCGAGUUCCGUGACAAGCUGCCAAUCGCCGCCAUGCGCUCUGAGAUUCUCAGUGCUAUAAACGAAAACCCAGUUGUGAUUAUUCGAGGCAACACGGGGUGCGGCAAGACAACCCAGAUAGCCCAGUACAUCCUGGAUGACUACAUCUCCUCGGGGCAGGGGGGCUACGCCAACAUUUAUGUUACGCAGCCGCGACGAAUCUCGGCCAUAUCUGUAGCGGAGCGAGUGGCCCGCGAACGUUGCGAGCAGUUGGGUGAUACCGUUGGCUACUCGGUACGUUUUGAGUCCGUCUUUCCCAGACCUUACGGCGCAAUUCUCUUCUGUACUGUGGGAGUGCUACUGCGCAAGCUGGAAGCUGGCUUGCGAGGGGUCUCGCACAUCAUUGUUGACGAAAUCCAUGAGCGGGAUGUCAAUAGCGAUUUUCUGCUGGUUAUACUCCGUGACAUGGUCGACACCUAUCCAGACUUGCAUGUUAUCCUGAUGUCAGCCACAAUAGACACAUCGCUUUUCUCCAAGUAUUUUGGCAACUGCCCGGUAUUGGAAGUGCCCGGUCGGGCUUUCCCUGUGCAGCAGUUCUUCUUGGAAGACAUUCUUCAGAUGACUAGUUUCGUGCCCUCCGCGGAGUCCAGACGGAAGCGCAAAGAAGCCGAGGAAGAAGAGCAGAUGCAGCUUUCCGAGAACAAAGAGGAGGCGGAGACCAAUUACAAUAAAGUUUGCGAGGACAAAUAUUCGCAGCAGACACGCAACGCCAUGGCCAUGUUGUCAGAGUCAGAUGUUAGCUUUGAGCUUUUGGAGUCACUACUGGUUCAUAUCAAAUCGAAGAACAUACCGGGUGCUAUUCUCGUUUUCCUUCCCGGCUGGAACCUUAUCUUUGCGCUAAUGAAGUUUCUGCAAAGCUCCAACACAUUCGGUAACUCGUCUCAAUACCGCAUUCUGCCGUGCCACUCCCAGAUCCCUCGCGACGAUCAGCGCAAAGUGUUUGAGCAAGUGCCUGACGGCGUCACCAAAAUCAUCCUCUCUACCAACAUUGCAGAGACUUCGAUCACCAUCGAUGACAUCGUCUUUGUGGUAGACAUUUGUAAAGCUCGCAUGAAGCUCUUCACUUCCCACAAUAACCUUACAAGCUAUGCCACCGUGUGGGCUAGCAAAACCAACCUGGAGCAGCGCAAAGGACGUGCAGGCCGCGUCCGUCCAGGCUUCUGUUUCACACUCUGCUCGCGUGCUCGCUAUGCCGCACUUGAGGAAAAUCUUACUCCCGAGAUGUUCCGAACCCCGCUGCACGAGAUGGCUCUCACUGUAAAGCUGCUGCGAUUGGGGGCUAUUCAUCACUUCUUGUCAAAGGCUCUGGAGCCCCCGCCGGUAGACGCGGUAAUUGAAGCCGAAGUUUUGCUGCGCGAAAUGCGCUGCUUGGAUGCGAACGAUGAGUUGACACCUUUAGGCCGCCUUUUGGCCCGCCUACCGAUUGAGCCUCGACUAGGAAAGAUGAUGGUUCUGGGAGCCGUGUUUGGAUGCGCCGACCUUGUUGCGAGCAUGGCUUCCUAUUCAAGCACGUUCUCGGAAGUUUUUGCUUUAGACAUCGGUCAGCGGCGCCUGGCCAACCACCAGAAGGCUUUGAGCGGAAGGAAGUGCUCUGACCAUGUGGCCAUGAUCGUAGCUUCGCAAAUGUGGCAGCGGGCCAAGCACCGUGGCGAACAGGAGGAAGCGCGCUUUUGUGAUUGGAAGGGACUGCAGAUGUCGACGAUGAAUGUUAUGUGGGACGCGAAGCAACAGUUGCUGGAUUUGCUGCAGCAGGCCGGCUUUCCGGAAGAGUGUAUGGUGCCGUACCACGUGGACGCCGAAGCUCCGGGUGACGAUCCACAGCUUGACAUUGCUCUGGCGCUGCUCUGUUUGGGCCUCUACCCCAACAUCUGCGUGCACAAGGAUAAACGCAAGGUUUUGACAACAGAAUCCAAGGCUGCGUUGUUGCACAAGACUUCGGUAAACUGCAGCAACUUGGCUAUCACAUUCCCGUACCCGUUCUUUGUCUUCGGCGAAAAAAUUCGGACCCGCGCCGUCUCUUGCAAGCAGCUCUCGAUGGUAUCGCCCCUUCAAGUGAUGUUAUUCGGAUCGCGCAAGAUCGACCUAACUGCCAACAACUUGGUGCGUGUAGACAACUGGAUCAACUUCGAUAUGGAGCCAGAGCAUGCUGCCAAAAUUGGAGCCUUGAAGCCGGCGUUAGAAGACUUGAUUACGGUCGCUUGUGAUAAUCCGACUGACGUGCUUAGUCUGGAGGAACCUUACGCACAAUUAGUAGACGUGGUUAAAAACCUUUGCAUUAAGAGCGCUGGAGACUUCAACAUAAAACGCCAGGAGGGUAUUUUGCCGCAUCAAUCACGGCAGUCAAGCGCUGGCGGUGGUGGACCUGCGAAACGGGGUCGUUUCGACGGAGGUGGUGGUGGUGGUGGACGCUAUUCCGGAGGUUUUGGGAACAGAGGAUCAAGCGGCUAUGGAAACCGAGGAAAUAACAGCGGACGCAGCUUUGGUUCUGGGGGCAACGGAGGCGGCGGCGGUAACAACUUUGGAGGAAGAUAUGGAAACAAUGACGGAGGAUAUGGUAACAUGGGUGGUGGAGGAGGAGGAGGCUAUGGUAAUACGGGUGGUAGGGACGGAGGAUAUGGUAACAUGGGAGGCGGGGGAGGUGGAGGUGGAUAUAGCAACAUGGGCGGUGGCGGAGGAGGAUUUGGCAACAUGGGUGGUGGUGGUGGCGGCGGAGGUGGCGCUGGCGGCUAUGGAGACAAUAGAGGAGGAAACAAUGGAAACAGCGGAAACUACAGCGGAGGUAGUUAUGGCAACGGAGGCGGAAAUAAUUUUGGAGGAAGCGGUAACUGGGGACGUUAUUAAUCAUAACUGUGAAUCUUUGGGCGUAUUCACCAAGUAUUGGAAACUGCAGCGGGUAGAUAAUUAAGAUUUUAAUUUAUACAGAGUAAUAAAGUUGACUUAAUAAAUAAAGAAUUUUAGUCAAAAAUGGAA